CAGGGUGCAGCACAGGCAGCGAAUUGUUUGUCGACGGCGGUGAACCAGUCCUGCUCCAGCUCCAACGCGCCUUUUCUUAGCGGCUGGUGGUGUGAGCAACAGCUCCUCAACACAUCUUCACUCACGACAUCUCUCCUGCUCGCAUCCAACAUCACCGCACCCUCCACUCCCGCGCCGACAAAACCACCGACACACCCCGCCAUCAUGGCACGAAAUUGGCUGCCUAUUGUGGCACUGCUGGUUGUCCUCUACGCGGGGCACGCCCAUGCGUUCGGCGCCGGCAACAUCGCCAGCCUCAGUAAGAUUGAGGGACAGAAUUGGCGACAUGGAGACAUCGAAGAUACCCUCCUCACGCUCCUCACGGCUCGCGCCAUGGGCGGCAAGAAGUUCAGCAAGCUUGAUGUGAAGCGGACAUAUUUUGGCAACUGGCUGCGCGACUACAGUCAGGCUGUCGAUGUGGGCACUGUCAAGUAUGUGUCUGCUGAGGCUAUCCGUCUUCUGCUGUGGAUCUUGGGCUUCAUGAGCUUUGGCUACGGCACUGGCGAGUUUGAGGUUACCAAGGAGCGUCUGGGUUGCUACAGGCCGGAGGAGCACAUUGAUAACCCAAAGGACUACGCCGACAACCAAGAUGCCCGACAGUACGAUCGUCGUCUCCGCGGGCCCAUUGAUGAGCGCCGCGAGCUCUCAGUCGAUGAACGCACCGGUCUCAAGAACUACAUUGCUUCAGAAGAUUUGGGUAUCACAACUUCGUCAGGCAUGGUUCGCCAGCUGUUGACGCGCUGCAUCGAGCUUGGUCGGCAAUACAAGUACAGCAAUGACAAGAAGGACUUCUACGAGGCUCUCCGUCUGCUUGGAACGGCCUGUCACUGUCUUGAAGAUUUCUCUGCACACAGCAAUUACACUGAGCUGGCCUUGAUCGAAAUGGGCGAGCGCGAUAUCUUCCCACACGUCGGUCGCCGUGCUCAGAUCCAACUUCGUGGAGCGCGCGGUCCUGUCUACCCGGUCAUCACAGGCACGUUCGGUGGCACGGAUUUCUUGCACUCUGUCAUGGGAGAAUUCACUGACAAGGCGACUCAAUUCGAGUUGGACGAGCUGGAGAACACCAUGCAGCAAUCCCAAAACGCUGAUACGAGUCUGCUUAAGGAGCUGCUCGACAAGCUCCCACCAGGACUGCUCGGAGAUGCUGAUCAGAAAGGCAAGGCUGACCAAUUGCAAGCCAACGCACAGGCAGCCCGCUUGGAGAACAUGCACAUCUCGCCGAAAGAGCCAGAGGAGUUCACUCGACAGAUGGAGGAGAUCACCAAGCAGAUCUAUCCUCUCAUGGAAUUUCACGACAGCCUUGUUAUGCAAAUUUCCGAGGCCAUUGAGAAGAUUCCCGUUCUUCCGGAGCUGAUCGAGCAAGUGCAGAACCAGGUCACCAUCUUCGUCUUUUCUCUCAUGGCGCCCUUUGUUGUCCCGAUCAUCAGCCAGAUCAAGGAGGAGCUCAAGACUGGCUCGAGCGAGAUCAUCGAGUCCAGCAAAGCCCAGCAACUGAAUGUCUUCCAAGAUGACCACUGCACCGAUCCUACCCACUCCAUGCUCAGCAAGGACCACUUUUCUAAUGUGCUCAACGAGCCAGCUGGCAAGGUCGCAAGCGCUGUGCUCAAGUGGGUCGUCCCUCAGAUUGUCGCGUGCUGGGAUGAUGAUAACAUCGACAUCCGCCGCACCAACGAGCGAAUCGUCAACGGUGUGUUCCACCACCCAGCCCUCCGCGACUACGGCGAGGACGGAGCAUCUGAUGGACGUCGUGCCAUGUUCGAGCAAGUCGAGCGAUGGUGGCAUGAGCAGAGCGAGCGCGAGAAGGAUGACUUGCGCAACAAGCUGUCCCGCGACGGCGUUGAGCAAGGCCGCAACCACAAGGAGGGCGUGCACGAUCACGGUCAUGGAUGUGGCAAGCCGCUUGGACUGCCAACCAUGAACACUUCCCAGAGCUCGGGUGCCAUUGGCGGUGUCCUUGGCGCCUUGGGCAACGCUGCACAGCAGAGCCAGUCUGGCUUCAAGGGUAGACAGUCCAAUCCCGAGGCCAACAAGAUUGGUGAUGCAGUUGGAGAGGCUAUCGGCGGUGGUGCGCUCGGCUCUGUUGUGGGCGGUCUGGCUGGCGCUGUCGGCGCAGGUCUCCUUGGUGGUGCGUUCGGCAGCGACAAGAAGGCUGACAAGAAGAAGUACGAGAGCAGUGGCUACAACGACGACGACUCAUACACUUCUCGCGUUACAGAGACCGCUCACCGACCUUCAAGUGGCUACGGAAGUGGCAGACAAGAAGAGCGAUAUGGUCAAGCUUCGUAUGAGCAGACUUCCUAUCAGAGUGGUGGUCACGAGGAGAGAUAUCAGCGCUUCGAACAAGACGGUCGCCAAGGCAACACCGGGUACGGCUUCGAGCAGCGCACGGAGACCCGUCCAACACAGGGAGGAGGUUACGAACAGCGCAGCGAGCGUCGCUACGAGCAGCCAGGUGGUGGUUAUCAGCAAGAAAUUCAGCACCAGCGUGUGACCAGUGAUGGACGCUCCUAUCAGCACCAGGAAACACGUUACGGCAACAAGAAGGAUGACAGCGAAGAUGACGACGACAGCAACGACGACGAUGAUUGGGAGAAGAAGCAGAAGAAGCAGCGCAAGAAGGAGGAGAAGCGUCGCAAGAAGGAGCGCGAGCAAUCUGGCUACGGCGGCAGGGAUCGCAGCGGUAGCCGUGAGCGCAAGCGUUCUGGAUCUCGGCGUCGAUCUGGUAGCCGCAAGCGCGACUCCAACGAGUACAAGCGUAGCAGUGGCCAGCAACAGUAUGGCGGAGGCUACCAGCGCGAGGAGUACUCGCAGCAGUCGUCCGGUAGCUACUCGAGGCAAGAGUACAGCUCGGAAAGCCGAUACGAGUCACAGUCGAGCUAUGGAGGCGGUAACGAGUAUGGCCGCCAACAGCAACAGAGCUAUGGUGGAGAUUCAUAUGGUGGCGGCGGCUAUGGCCAGAGACAGGAAUAUGGUGGAGGGCGUGAUGAGUCCGACGAUGAAUACGGCCGACGUGGCGAGGGCGGUUAUGGAGGAGGAGGAGGCUAUGGUGGAAGCUCCGGCUAUGGUGAUGAGGAGAGGCGUCGUUGGUAGGCUAAAGGCCACGAGGCGGUCUGCUCAGCUGAGCUGAGCUGAAAAAGCAGCUGAUGGAGUCGAAGAGCAGUGCGCUGUCACGCUGAUGACUGUGUGAGUGCGGCGUCGCCCAAAAAGUAUACAGCACAGAAAUCAACGUGCUUCAAAGAAAGGCCGACGGCCCAUGCUUUUGUCAUGCCGUGUCGUCGUCGUGAUUUCGGGACCGAUGUCUUGUCAAAAGUCUGGCGGGAACCGAUCAAUGCGCGCUCGUGCGUU